UGCGGAAAAACAAGGAAGUUGACACAGAUUUUCCAUCAGUGUAAACAUUGUAGAUGUGGCAACACAGAGGAGCAGUCUACUCUGGAUAACAACAUUUACUGUUUUCUUUAUACCUCAACUUCAGCUCCGAUGCCAUAAUGAAGGCAGCCAGAAGCAAUAUGUUGGGUGCUGGAGUGUCUAACAACAAGGUGAAGUAUUCGCGUCUGGCUGCUGAUGAGGAUGGUUACAUAGACUUACAGUUCAAGAAAAGCCCACCAAAAGUCCCAUACAAGGCGAUUGCACUGGCAAUAUUCCUGUUUAUGAUUGGCUCCUUACUGAUAAUCUUCGGGGCCCUUCUUCUGGCAGGAACCAUAAAGGUCGAGCAUCCAGACCGCACCAUUCCUGUGAUCAUCAUAGGGACGCUCGUUUUCCUCCCCGGAUUUUACCAUUUGAGAAUUGCCUAUUAUGCUGCCAAGGGUUACCGGGGUUACUCUUACGAUGACAUCCCAGAUUUUGGUGACUGAACCAAACAACAGCUGCUGAUUGGUGGAGAAUCCCCUCCUUUUUUUUUUGCCACACUGUGUACCCUGAGACUGUUGCCUGCUGUUUACUAUGAGUUUCUGAAUGUAUGUAGCAAAAAAAAAGACAACUGAAACAUUUGUUAUGGCGCCUUGUGUUCUAAUACAGGUGCACCAUACACAUGAUUUUACAUUGUUUGCUGGUUUUUAUAAUCUGUCUUAUUUAUUCUCGGCUCUGCGCUGCAUCAUCCUCCACACAAAAACAAACAUGUAAUGAGUCGGGGAUGACACGACAGCACAGCUACAUUUACUUUUGCCACUCAUUCAAGAAAUGAUAACAAACCGUGGAUGAGUGGUGAAACAUUUUUAGAGUCUACACAGAUGCCUUCAGCUUACUACUGCUAGAAAGUCCUUGACCUGGAUGACUGAGAAUCUUUGUGCUCAUUGCACAGUUGUACAGUUAAACAAAUAUUUAUUUGUGACUGCAGCCUGUGUAAUAACAUGAAACGCUUGGGAGACUGUAUUUCUCCUGGAGGAUUAUAUAUUUACAGAACUAAACUGAAGAUUGAUUACUUUGUCAAAGUACAGUAUAUUUUUGAAUGAAAUGUAUUACUUACUCUAUGAAGUAUUUGGUAUUUGUUGUGCAUAGUCGUUUGAUUUUAAAAUGUCAAAAGAAGAUGUAUUUUUACAUAUAUUUGCUUGAUUUAAAAAAAAAAAUGAAAUAAAAAAUCUGAACAAGAA